GUGUUCGUAUUUUUUAUUUUUUAUUUUUUCGCGUUGGAAGUGUGCUGAGUAAGACACUGUUUAUCAUCUCGUACCGCGCCGUAAAUUCGAAAUCGUAUUAGAAUCGGCGCUAACUAGCGUCCUCCCCUCGUGACAACGCCGACCGCCGCCUCGGCAACUUUUGAGGCCAUUUAAUUCCAGCCCAUGGCGCGUAUCAAAACCAGACUAUCUUUCUUUUUACCUUAACUCUACUAUAAUUGUUGAAACGGAAAAGAAAAUGGCGGAUGCUCGCAAAACAGUGUUGAUUACGGGAUGUGCCCCGGGGGGGAUUGGACAUGCUCUUGCUAUGGACUUUCAUAAUGCUGGCCUCCGCGUCUUCGCCACAGCGCGGGAUAAAGUUGCGUUAAUGGAUUUGGAGGAUCUGGGGAUUGAGACGUUCUCUUUUGAUGUCACGUCCCAGGCGGAUCGGGUGAGGAUUAGGGAGGAGCUGGAGAGGGUUGCGGGGGGGAGCUUGGAUGUGCUGGUUAAUAAUGCGGGAAAGAACUGCACCGUCCCCGCCAUCGAAGUCUCAGAUGAAGACAUCCACUCAACCUUCGAAACCAACAUCUUCUCCGUAAUCUCCAUCAUCCGCGAGCUCUCCCCCCUCCUCAUCCUCGCAAAGGGUAAAAUCGUCAACAUCGGCUCCAUCACCGCCGUAACCCCCUACGUCUUCGGCGCCGUCUACAACGCCACCAAAGGCGCGCUCCAAGCCUACUCCAACACCCUUCGUCUAGAACUUGCCCCGUUCGGUGUCAGGGUGAUCCUCGUGGUGACGGGGGGUGUGCAGAGUAGGAUCGCGAGGACGGAUAGGACGUUGGGGGAGGAUAGUUUGUAUUUGCCUAUUAAUGCGGAGUAUUUGAGGAGGGUUAAGCAUUCGCAGGAGGGCGCAAUGCCCACCUCCGCCUACUCCGCCAGCGUCGUUCACGAGGUCCUAAAGACCAACCCCCCGAACUGGGUAUGGCAGGGCAAUCGCUCGUGGAUAAUCUGGUUCUUGGACCGAUUCGCGCCGAGGAGUGUUUGGGAUUAUAUCUUCCCUUCGAUGUUUGGGCUGGCGAGGUUGAGACAGAUUGUUGCGAAGCGGGGGAGUGUUUAG